AAGGCGUGUGCGCCCGCGGCCGCUGGAUUUGUCGAGUCGUGCGAUGGAAUAUCGGUGUGUGAUUUCGGCGUAUUGAUGGGUUGAUAUUGACACGAAAUGGCGGAAAAUCAACAAAAAAAGACCAAGAAAUGGUCUCAGAAGUAUAAGACUGAAUACAGUCUCCAGUACCCGUGUAUUCGGAAAGAGGAAUCUACCAUGCAUUUUGCACAAUUUGCAGCGUGGACAUUAAAGUUGAGCACGGAGGUCGUGAUGAUAUUCGGAAGCACGUAGCCUACGGGAGCAAACGGCAUACGGACAUUGCGAAGACGAGAUCUUCGAGCUCCACUAGUAGUAGUACCCUGUUGACUUAUUUCACCAAGCAAGGGACCAGCGAGGAGGAAGACGUUACCCGCGCUUUAAUAAUAAUAAAGAGGAUAAUUCCUCAUUAUUAUAGUUGAACAGAAUCUACAUGUGCUGUACCAAGAACAAAGGUCAUUGCCAUCCGUUUCCUGCCGUCAUCUGCAUUAAUUGUCAACGUUGCUCAAAUCUUCCAGAUCUGCGUUAACAUACAGAUCUAUAGACGUGAAGCUGGUUCUUGACAGGAUAUUGAAGAUUCAUUGACCAUGGCUAAGGUGGCUAGUUACUGGUGCUGCAAUUGUGCUUGUGAUCUGCAUGGAAGUACAAAAACAAGAAGAUCUCUUCAUCGUAAAGUGGACCACUCAUCAUUUACAAUUUUAGAGGCACUGCAAAGACUGGGAAUAGAAUUGAAUCCAGACUCGGGUCCAGGUAGACCCUUCAUUUGCCCUAAAUGUGCUGCAUUAAUUGGAAAGUUGGGUGGGAAAUUGAGUGUGGAAUUGAAGGAUUUAAUAGCGAAGCUCAAGAGACGCACCAAACCAUAUACAUAUUUGGGAUAUGAGAUUAAGAGAGCGCUCAUGGAAAUGCCAAGCUUGAAUCCAAAAAGGAGAAAAACUGAAGGGAGCAAACCACAAACUGGGACUAGCAAAUCACAAACUGGGGCUAGCUCUCAGGCACUCUAUGUGACCAAAAGAAGGGAUCAGAUGACUCAAACGAUUCCCCUGCCACCUCCAAGGAAAGAUUCCUUUGUUACAGAAGCUGCAGUUUAUUUGAGAAAAGGCCAUUAUAAGUUAGCAUUGUCCAAAAUGAGAGCUCAUUCAGUGUCUUUCAACAAACAUGUCCUUGACUCAAUCUGUAAGCUAAUUAGAAGAGAGAUUAAAUCAGUUGAAUCUGUAUUCACUGUCGAUGAGAAGAAUAAGAGGAAGUCAUUGGAGGGUUAUUCAUGGAAAGCUGCACACAAGAGCUUGAAGAAGAAUUGCCCAACCCUCAUGGCCAUUCUGCGCAGCACACUGAGUAGAGAACCGAAGAAGACGGAUAAUUUGAGACUAACAAUGACAGUAGCUCAUUUGCUCUUCAUAAGAUGUCCUCGGAGAUGCAGUGUUCUUCAAGAAUUAAUUGGUCUUCUCCUCUGGUUUUCUGGAACCAACAGAAAGGCUUUCGACAAGCUGAACAGGCUUGGUAUUACUUUCAAUGUCAAAACCACCUUAAAAACCCUGCAAGCCUCGAAAACCCAAGGCAAUGAUGCAAUCCGCAAACAACGACAGCAAAUCACAGAGCGCCGGUCAACAAACCAGCAAGCAAAAAUGGCUGUAGAUGAUGAGUGGGUAGACUUGACAGAAUGGGAAAAAGCUGAUGAAGCCACUGAUGAUAAAAUGAACCCUAGUAAUGAUGAAAUGGACACGGUUUCACAAACAGAAGCAGUUGGAGAAGAAGCCGAUGAUGCCUCAAUUAACUCUGAUAAUGAGAGACAAGUCCAGGCCCCCAAAACGAAAACAGCAACACCAUUAGGAUAUACCUUGAUGUGUGCCAGUGUUGAUCAUAGCUCGGCAGCAAAGUUCCGUUCAAGUAUGAAUGGAAAACUGAACAGCAUGGUACAGUGCUUUGGAGAGUUAGACCGUGUCCCAUGUUUCCAUCUUAGAGACGAGGAACCAUCUUUGGAACAGCUUUCAAGUAUUUCUCAAGAUAUCUUCCUCCCUUCUACUGAUGAUAUUGAUAAUCUACGGGAUGAGUAUGAAGUGAUGAUAUCCCGAAUACUUUGCAAUCACAUACCUUUUUUCAAGGACAUGAGCAUCACUGAACAGAUACCACAUCCCUAUCUUGAAGAGAUGAAGAAGAAAAGUUUUGUGGUACCACUAGGAGUGCUUGAGAAAGAUGAUAGCCAGAUAGAGGAUAUGGUAGAUGUAUUGGAGUACAUGCACGGAUAUGUACCAGGGGAUGAUAAGUCACCAAUCCCUAUGAUUCUCUAUGGAGAUGUACCGUCCUGCGAGAGAUUCCGUGAUGCAAUUGCAGCGAGAAUCAAUGAGGAUACAUCCUGGAGUAGACUGAGUGGCUUAUUGCCGUCGGCACAGGAGUGGCAUAAACGUCAUCUUUUGCUACAGGAUACCUACAAACUCCUUUAUGAUGUGAAGAGUGUCAAGUCAUGUGGAAGUAUGUACUAUGUAAAAAGCAAAUACAAGCAUAGUAAGGUGACACCAAAAGUCUCCCAGUGUUUUGAUGAUGCAACCAACCUUUUGAGGUUCACAACAGAGGCGUAUGUGUUGGCUGCAGCAUGUGAAUUCAUGGGCAUAGAAAAGCUGAGUGAUACCCCUAAAGACCUGCCACAAGACCCAGAGGACAUGUUCUCCUACUUCAGUAACACAUGUAAAUUUGUGCUAGAUAUGUCUUUCCAUCCUUACCAGAUAGGCGAGGGAGACAUGAUGGUGGAUGAAGAGGGAGCUGGAGAAACUGUUGGAGAGGAUCUUGGGAACGAUGAUGAAGACGAGGAUGAUGAGGAUGAUGAAAGAUCUUGUUGUAUUUGUAAAGAAAAACACGAAGAUGUGAGGAUUAUGAUGUGUGGCAACAAGAGAUGUAGAAAAGAUAAAUGGUGCCAUUGGGAUUGCCUGAAGCAGAAUCAAGAUAUCCUCAUCCAUGGACAAUGGCUUUGCAGCGAUAGAUGCCAUCAGCAACACCUGAAGGAUAAAGGAAAACAGAAGAAGCAGAAGAAAGAUGUGGACUCAAAAUAUGAAUAUUCCAAAGCUCUGCUCCAUCUCGGUCUGAGUGAGAUGGUACGUCAUGAUGCGAUACGAGAAGGAGACGGUAAUCGCAUGAUCCAACAUUGGCGUCUUGAUCUUGCACAUUUCUUUGACAAGCACCACAGGAAAUACCUCACUGAAGGACACACUCUUCUUAUGGAUGUGAAUGGGGGAGUAUCAGAGAGGAUAGCUCAUCAGCUUUUGUGGAAUAGAACAAUGAACAUGCAUGGUGGUGAUGGAAACAAUGCAGGAAAGGAUCUUGGAAUGGACAUCAUGAAUAAGGAUUACAUGAAAUCAGUGAAAGAUGUCGCAGGAACUCUCAAUUACGGUUCCAUACCUCGCUCUGUUCAAGGGGUUUGGUCCAAGAAAACAGUGAAUAGGCUGUUUGAUGCUCAGGUGUUGGGGAAAAGCGUGAAGGGAGAUGAGGGAGCACCAGGAAAGUAUACCUUUGAAAUUGGAGAAUCUGAUACUGCAAAUCUGGUUGAACUCCUGGUCAAUAAGAAGUGCCUGGUUGAAGUUCCUGGAAGAUCACAUACAGGAUUUGAAAACUUUGAGUUUGAACAAAGAGUAGAUCUCCAUGAGUACAAGGCCAAGAUGUCAUCCCUAAGUGAGAGGAUGAUAAGAAAUGCUAAAAUAGCAAAACUAUGGAAUGAAUAAGAAAUGAAACAGUGGUACAAAUCAAAGGAAUGAAGUCAUUGUAGGCCUAUAAAUACCUGCAUUUAUAAAUCCACCCAUUUCAUCUUAUCAAUGUCAGACUCUAAUUGGAAUAAGGUGAUAGCCAAAUUGCGUUUUACCAUAACAUCACAAUAAACUGAAAGAUAUAUUUUUGUUUGUGCUUUGUAAUAUAAUCCUUUCUUCUUCCUGAUUUAAGGUAUUCUAUGUCAUUGUCAAAACAUUGAUUUAUGAUUAGGAAACAUCUCCACACAUCGUUAGAAUAAAGAUUCUGUACCAUGUGUGCACACAACUUUACCUGUCCAAUUAUGGUUAAUGGCACUCUUCCCCAAAUCUUGAAGACAGUUUUUUUUUUUUCCUGUGAAUGUAUUCUGUGGUAAUUAAUUUUUUUUUUUUCGGUCUCAAAGAGCAUCCGGAUUUGUGUAAUUCAUGCACUUUGUAUUAUUCUCAAGUGAAAUAUCAUCCAUUCUUUUCUAUGUCUCACAAUAUGCAAAUUUGCAGGUUUUUAUGCACUUGGCCUAAUUCACAGAUUGUUUAACAGAUCAUCAUGCCUAACCUACUUGGACUACUAUCACUUUGAUCUAAUUGUUGUUUGGUUAAUCCAUCACUUGGUCUACUACUCACUUUGCCUAACUCUCAUUAAGUCUAGAUGGUCUAAUUUCCACAUUGCCUAUAUUUUGUAGAUCUACUUUGUCAAAUGAAAAUUUGGUUCAUAAACAAUAGUGGUGUUAAAUGGGUAAAGUCUAACUGAAAAGUAGACAAAAUUGUGAAUAGGAUAAAUGGCAGUUAGACCAAAUGGUUAGCAGAGAACUGGCUGAAGAUUAACUAGGAUUGAAUUAUAUGGGAUAAGACCAACUGAAAGUUUACAAAACGUGUAUAGACCAAGUGGUAAUCUACAAAUUUUAAGUGUUAACUAUGUAUUGGGGUCUAUUCUUUUGCCUCUGCCAUCUGUAGCUGGUUGCCGGAGGCAUUGUUUUCUGGUCUUCCAUUCCUGAUAUUGGCUAUUCAUUAAUGAUAUUAGCUAUUUCAAGGAUUAACUUCAAGCUUGUCCAUCUCCAAGUAUGUCAUAGGAGAGACCGUGGUCUGAUUAGUUUAGAGGAUAUCAAAAGUCACAGAGGUCAUUCUGUAAAGGAAAAUACUUUUUUUGUGUGAUAACCAAAGUUAAGUACCAAUUGACGGUUCAACUUCAGACUUUGGAAUGGCUAGUUCAUAAGAGUGACAAUGAUCCCAUUUAGUGGUGUCAAGGUUAAAGAUUUCCUUUGAAUCAUUGAAAAUAUGAAAUGCCCCUUAUUUUUAAUGAAUAUGAAUGGUAUGGAAUUAGAAAUCAUAUUCUUUAAUUACUAUGAUAUUGAUGUGAUUAGAAUAUGUUGAUGGUUUUCACAAUAUCAGAAUAAAGUAAGCAAUUAGUUCAGAUCUGGCAAUGUCAUCUAUAUGCAUAAAUCCAACUAGUUCUCUUUUGAUUCAAUCAAUCUUUUUCUGGGAUGGACUAGAUUUUAAGAGAUCAAUUUCAAACCUGGUUCAUGUAUGUAUCUUUGAGGGACAAUCUUAUAGGUUGUCCUAUAAGAUUGCAAGAAACUUGCAAUUGAUCGCAAUUCAAUUUUAGGUAAAAAAAUCGAUUGAAAUUCAUGCAUUUCAUUGCAAAUACGUGAUUGAUUGAUGGCCUGCUUCUUGCAUCAAGAAAUAUAAAUUGAUUUGCUUUCGUUAGAAUUGAUCCAUCACUCGUAAAUGUGCUUCUGAAAUUUGCAAUUGAUCGCAAAUAUCUUCUUGCAUUUAGAGGUUGUGAGGUCAAAAGUUCAAAGUCUUGAGGCCAUGAGAUGUGCCUGAAUGUGUGUUGUUUGAACUUUCAAACUGCUUGAGGAAUAGCACUUGUCAAUAUUUCAGUAUUAUCCAAAUUAUGAUGUGAAAAUAUUGGAUAAUGGUUUUAUUGACCACAAAUGCUGCUCUGCAUUGUUUUAAACAAAACAAAAAAGUAAUCAGUAAAAACUGUUGGCCAUUUGUCUCAGAAAAAUUUGACAAGCGAAAAAAAAAAAGGUCAUCAGCCAAAAUUCUUCAAAUUUUCAUUGGUAUUUUGUACCCAAGGACCUGUUUUUGUCUCACCUGCAUAGCAGAGUGAGACUAUAGGCGCCGCUUUUCCGACGGCGACGGCGACGGCGACGGCGGCGUCAACACCAAAUCUUAACCUGAGGUUAAGUUUUUGAAAUGACAGCAUAACUUAGAAAGUAUAUGGACCUAGUUCAUGAAACUUGGCCAUAAGGUUAAUCAAGUAUUACUGAACAUCCUGCCUGAGUUUCAUGUCACAUGACCAAGGUCAAAGGUCAUUUAGGGUCAAUGAACUUAGACCAUGUUGGGGGAAUCAACAUCAAAAUCUUAACCUAAGGUUAAGUUUUUGAAAUGUCAUCAUAACUUAGAAAAUAUAUGGACCUAGUUCAUGAAACUUAUACAUAAGGUUAAUCAAGUAUCACUGAACAUCCUGCAUGAGUUUCACAUCACAUGACCAAGGUCAAAGGUCAUUUAGGGUCAAUGAACUUUGGCCGAAUUGGGGGUAUCUGUUGAAUUACCAUCAUAACUUUGAAAGUUUAUGGAUCUGAUUCAUGAAACUUGGACAUAAUAGUAAUCAAGUAUUACUGAACAUCCUGUGCAAGUUUCAGGUCACAUGAUCAAGGUCAAAGGUCAUUUAGGGUCAAUGAACUUUGGCCAAAUUGGGGUAUUUGUUGAAUUACAGCCAUAAAUUUGAAAGUGUGUUGGUCUAGUUCAUAAAACUUGGACAUAAUAGUAAUCAAGUAUCACUGAACAUCCUGUGCGAGUUUCAGGUCACAUGAUCAAGGUCAAAGGUCAUGUAAGGUCAAAGAACUUUGGCCACGUUGGGGGUAUUUGUUGAAUUGCCAUCAUAUCUCUAUAAGUGUAUUGGUCUAGUUCAUAAAACGUGGAAAUAAGAGUAACCAAGUAUCACUGAACAUCUUGUGCGAGUUAUAGUAGUUUUCAAAAUCAGCACUGCUGCUAUAUUGAAUCGCGUGAUGCAGGUGAGACGGCCAGAGGCAUUCCACUUGUUCUCCCAUACUUAUCUGCCUUUAGCUACAGGCUUGGAACCUUGGAACCCCACCUCAAAAUGCACUCUUUCAUGCUGAGAGUAGAAUGUAGACAACAACACUACAAUGUUCAGUGAGCCCAGAGAAACAAACUUUAUUGAAAGUAACAUUUUUUAACACCUGACCUCACAAUUAAAUUUUAAAACAUUGCAGAACUUGAACACUUUGUUUUUAAAUGUGCUUUAAAAGCAGCAGAAAUGGGAAAUAAAUAGUAAAUACUAUGUUAAAGUUCUGUAACCAAUAGCAUGCAACUGUAUGUGUUUUGAAAUUUGUUUGCAAAUGUUUAUGAAGUGCAUCAAAUAUGUGCAAAACACGUUAGAAGAGUUUGUUUUAUAUGUUGUUAGUUGUUUGACUUUUAAAGUAUUUUGAAGUCCAAAACUUGAAAGGGAAUUCAUAAUAUCAUUUUUAACACUUUUUAUAGAGGCCUCAUCAGUUGUUCCAAAAGAUAUACCGGAUAUCUUCAUGUGUAUGAACACAGUUUUGUAAUAAAAAAGACUAGAAGGAAAAUUUUCAAAGCUCUAAAAGAUAUUUGGGUUGAUAGAUUUGAUCUUGUUAUUAGAUAUGUUUACUUGAACUUUUUGUAAGUCAGAAUUUCAUUAUAAUAAGUUUACUUUUCAAGUUAAAGAUUGUAAAUUUUUUUGUUACUGUAAACGAGGGAGAGGUGAGGUUAUGUGAUAAUUCAUUUAAGUUAAAACAUAUAUGCAUUUACUGUUUUACAGUGUUUCAUCACCAUUUGUCUACUGACAAUUUGUCAGACCUGAGGUCAGUUGCAGAAAGAGUUGCAUUGAAACGCAAGUCAAAAAAUCAAUCGCAAGUUCAAAAUACAUGAUUUUUAGAGUUGCAUUUGAUUGCAACUCUUUAUGCAACGGGCCCCUGACAACUUUACUCUGCUUUAAGUGGCUGAGAAACUUUGUUGAUAUGGUAACGGUCAGAUAAGACAGGACUUGUAGGAUGAAGGAUGACAGGUUUUCUCAUGAAAUGCUUCCCUGAAGAGUGGAUGGUGAACACACCUGAAUCAGGCUUUACUUAAAGAAAGGUACAUUAAAAACGGAAAGAAAAAAAUGUGUUUGUACACAGUAAACUGAAGAAGAGCUAAUUGUUUUGUUGAUAUGUUUUCAUAGUCAUUUGAUGUGGUCAUUCAUCUUUGAAAUAAAACAUAAUGCAAUGUUAAAAGUCAA